UCAAUGUAUAAAUUUAUAUAUAUUCAUUCAAAAUAAUUAACAUUUUCCUGUGAAUAUUUAACCAAAUAAUAAUUAACCAUGGCAGGAUCUGCUUUGCGACGUCUUAUGGCUGAAUAUAAACAAUUGACUCUGAAUCCUCCAGAAGGUAUUAUUGCUGGUCCAAUAAAUGAAGAAAACUUUUUUGAGUGGGAGGCCUUGAUAACGGGGCCAGAAGGGACUUGUUUUGAAGGGGGAAUUUUCCCUGCAAAGUUAAUAUUUCCUCCUGAUUAUCCAUUAAGUCCGCCAAAAAUGCAGUUUAUAUGUGAAAUGUUUCAUCCUAACAUUUAUGCUGAUGGUAGAGUUUGCAUUUCCAUAUUACAUGCUCCGGGUGAUGAUCCAAUGGGUUAUGAAAGCAGUGCCGAGAGAUGGUCGCCUGUGCAGAGUGUUGAAAAAAUCCUUCUUUCAGUUGUUAGCAUGUUAGCUGAGCCAAAUGAUGAGAGUGGUGCAAAUGUGGAUGCGGCUAAAAUGUGGAGAGAAGAUCGUAAACAGUUCAACAAAAUAGCGGAACGUCUCGUAAGAAAGACUUUAGGCCUCCCUUCUACUUAACAUUGGUUAUUUUAGAAUCACAUCACAUAACACACACACACAAUAUUAACAUAAUUAGAAUUUUGUGAUAUUUGUUGGCAUGGUUUUUAUGCUACAUUACAAAGUGUUUUAAUAAAGUAAUUUUUAUAUAAUUAAAUAUAUAUGAGAAUGGCAUUGUAUUAAAAUGGUUUUAGCUAAUCAUAUCAAUAAGAUUUUUUAGAAGAAUUAGGAUAUUUUUGUAAAAUUU